UUACAGAGGUUGAUGUUGUAGCAACACGUUUAUUUGUUUUAGUUUGUUGUGCUUUGCGGUCUGCUCCUUCUGACACACCAAUUCAGUGCAUUUUCCAGCAGAGAUCGUUGUGAGAUCGUGGGUCGGGAGGAUGACAGCUCGAGUGUAUUGCUUGUUGAUUGCUAGUUUGUGUCUGUUUGGAUACUUGAGCAUAAUAGACGCUGGACGAACCACAGCAAAGCCAGGAAAGUGUCCACCCCGAUCAUCUGGAAAUAGAUCGUGUACAAGUUCCUGUAAGAAUGACUCUAACUGUCCCAACAAUGAGAAGUGCUGCAGCAAUGGCUGUGGACUUUACUGUACUGCUCCAUAUACAGUGAAGCCAGGUCAGUGUCCCAACCCAAAGAACAUUCCACUGUCUGCUGAAAGCUGUUCCCAUGAUGGCCAGUGUCCUGCCACAAAGAAAUGUUGCCCAACCACCAGUAGCCGUGCAUGCAGUGAACCACGUGGUCAGGGAAGCGGCCAGGGUCAGGGAAGCGGCCAGGGUCAGGGAAGCGGCCAGGGUCAGGGAAGCGGCCAGGGUCAGGGAAGCGGCCAGGGUAGUGGUCAGGGAAGUGGCUUUGGCCAGGGUCAGGGGAGUGGCCAGGGCUUUGGUCAGGGAAGCGGUUUUGGUCAGGGGAGCGGCCAGGGAAGUGGCUUUGGCCAUGGUCAGGGGAGUGGCUUUGGUCAGGGAAGUGGCUUUGGCCAGGGUUAUGGUCAGGGAAGUGGGUUUGGCCAUGGUCAGGGGAGCGGCCAGGGUAGUGGUCAGGGAAGUGGUUUUGGUCAGGGGAGCGGCCAGGGUAGUGGUCAGGGAAGUGGUUUUGGUCAGGGGAGCGGCCAGGGAAGUGGCUUGGGUCAGGGGAGCGGUCAGGGAAGCGGCUUUGGUCAGGGAAGCGGUUAUGGUCAGGGGAGUGGCUUUGGCCAGGGUCAGGGGAGCGGCUUUGGUCAGGGGAGCGGCCAGGGUAGUGGUCAGGGAAGUGGUUUUGGCCAGGGUCAGGGGAGCGGCCAGGGAAGAGGUUUUGGCCAGGGAAGCGGUUUUGGCCAGGGUCAGGGGAGCGGUCAGGGAAGCGGCUUUGGUCAGGGAAGCGGUUUUGGCCAGGGUCAGGGGAGCGGUCAGGGAAGUGGUUUUGGCCAGGGUCAGGGAAGCGGCUUUGGUCAGGGAAGCGGCUUUGGUAAAGGAAGCGGCUUUGGCCAGGGUCAGGGAAGCGGCUUUGGUCAGGGAAGCGGCUUUGGCCAGGGUCAGGGAAGCGGCUUUGGUCAGGGAAGCGGUUUUGGCCAGGGUUAUGGUCAGGGAAGUGGUUUUGGUCAGGGGAGCGGCCAGGGACAGGGAAGUGGGCAAGGAAAUGCUCAGUGAAGUGCUCAAGGUCAGCGACAUGGUCAGGGAAGUUGUCUUUAAAAAAAUCUCAUAGGAAUUUUGGAAAACACCUACUGGAGAUCUUUUAGAUUCAGUGCUUUAUUCUCAUGGCAUUUUCCCUUUUUGCUUAAAUGGUUUAGAAAGAUUGUUGCUCUCUCCCUCCUUUCCUCAAAUAAAAAUGAAAUUGCUUGA